AUGAUGCGUCUCACUACAGCCUUCAGCUCGUUGCUCCCGUUUCUUUCGCCGUUCCUCGCCCAGCUAGUCUCCGGCCAAGAGUGCAGCGCCACCGUCCACUGCGCGACCGGCUGCUGCAGCCAGUAUGGCUUCUGCGGCACCGACGACGCCCACUGCGGCACGGGCUGUCUCAGCACGUGUGACUACAAGCUGGGCUGUGAUGCCUCGAAUCCGUGUACGGACGGCACCUGCUGCUCCAAGUUUGGAUUCUGUGGCCUCGGCCAGGACUACUGCUCUCCAGAAAACUGCGUUGCUGGUUGUGAUGUGAAAGCAGACUGCGACCCCGGCACAUUUGGCGCCGACUAUGUGAUCUACGAGGAGUGCCCCCUGAACGUGUGCUGCUCCAAGUGGGGGUAUUGCGGCACGACGUCCGAGUUUUGCGGCAACCAGACCGUCAGCCGGCCGUCGUGCAGCAGCGGCAACUCGGUCUCGCGGGUCGUCGGCUACUACGAGGGCUGGGCCAGCCGCCGGCCGUGCCAGGCCUUCCAGCCCGAGGACGUGCCCUUGGGCAUCUACACACACAUCAACUUUGCCUUUGCCAGCAUCGACCCCAACACGUUUGCCGUGGUGCCCGCCGACGCCGGUGACGUCGAUCUCUACACGCGCAUCACCAACCUGAAGAGGCAAGACCAGGCGCUCAAGGUCUACAUUGCUAUUGGCGGCUGGACGUUCAACGACCCGGGCCCGACGGCGAGGACGUUUCGAAUCUGGUCGGGACAACAAGUGGCUCGGCCCUUCCUCAACGCGCACACCAACUUGACGGAGAUCAGCGAGUACCUGGACCUGCUGUGGCGCAACAACAUCCCGCCCGCCAAGGUCAACAUGGGGCUCGCGUUUUACACGCGCACGUUUGUCGCCAGCGACCCGGGAUGCCUGCAGCCGGCGUGCCUGUUUGACGCCGUCGGCAGUCCCGGGCCGUGCACCAACAACGAGGGCACGUUGAGCAACGCCGAGUUGACGGACAUGAUCCGCAACGCCGGUGCCACGUCCACGCUCGACAGAGACGCCGCCGUGCAGAUUGCUGCGGUGGGACGCACGUGGAUCACAUACGACGACGCGGCGAGCUGGGCGCUCAAGGUUGAUUUUGCGCGCGGCGUGUGCCUCGGCGGCGUCAUGGUCUGGGCCAUCAGCGAGGACUACACCGACGGCACGUACGCGAAGCAGCUGCAGUCUGUGACGCAGUACCGGUCGCCGUCGGUGAUUGCGCUGGCCGUGAGCGGCGGCGACCCGGGGUCCACCGUCGAUGCGCCGACGGCACGCGUGCUGCGCAACCAGUGCCUGUGGGCCAACUGCGGCCAGAGCUGCCCCGCCGGCUACACGACGGUGCCGCGCAAGGACGACAGCGGCAGCGGCAUCAUGAACGACGGGUCGCGCUGCCGCGGCGGCCAGCUGCGCACCUUUUGCUGCCCAGCCAACGAGCGCAUCCCGGUAUGCGGCUGGUUUGACUUUAACAACGGCAAGUGCGGCAAGACGUUCGACUCGGUCUGCCCGGCCGGCAGCGAGCAGAUCAUCGGCCCCAACUCGGCCGAGGUCGGGUCCACGGGCAUUGCCUGCAACAACGGCGGCUUUCAGGUGGCCUGUUGCGAGACCGAGCCGUUUGUGAGCACGGAUCUCGGCUACGCGGCCUGCCAGUGGGACGGCGUGCCGCCCGACUGCGACGCCGACCGCGUCGACCCCCCCGCGGCCGUCUGCAGCCAGUUUGACGCACCCUUUACGUUUGGCCUGGUCUCGUCGCCGGCGGGCGAUGGCGCCGUCCACUGCAACAACGGCGGCGAGCGCAUGUACCGCUGCAACCCGCCCACGGACGAGGCGCAGUGGGUCGGCUGCAGCUGGGUGUUCCCAAGCCGCCUCGACGACGGCUUCUGCGAGGCCUACUGCCCGUCCGGCACGGUGCGUGUCGCCAUGAAGGACCCCGAGACCUACUUUGGCUGCACGGGCCAGCAGGGCGGCUGGGCCUACUGCUGCACGCCCGUGUUCCUGUCCGAGGCCGAAAACGACCAGGAGCAGAGCGGUGCAUUUGCGGCGGCCUUGGUGGACGUGGUCCAGAACGGCUGCGACUGGGAUUUCGGCGGCACGCUGUCUCUGGGGCCAUCCACGCCCCUUCAAAAACGAGGCGCCAGCGACUACAACUGCAAGCUGGCGUUUGCUGACAUGUACAACAUGCUCGGCACCAACGACGUGGAUCUGCGCGACACGCUGCAGGACGGCUGGAACGACGGCAUGCAGUCCGCCGGGUAUACCAACGUGCCGGCCACGCGCAUCGCCGCGGUGCCGAGCGGUGUGCAGUUUAGCACCAUGGGCAAUGCCCUGCAGACGCUCGCUGUGGAAGCCCUGCUGAAUGUGAUCCCAGACCUCAACGCGGACGUGGACAGAGUACACGAUAUUGUGACCCUGGUGUGCCCCUGGUGGUGGGUUGUCGACCUGGGACUCCUGGAAGAUGUUGACGACGGUGGCGUGGAUCUGGGCGAGCCGUAUCAGCGGCGGAAGCGGGAUGCACCAUUGUCAGAGGGUCCAAAAAGCCUGGGGACGGAGAAGACAGAGGUGGCGCAGAAGACGGAAAAGGAGACGCCCAAGGCCAGGCCGGAGGCGAAGCGCAAUGUCAACAACGGCGACAGGGAGAUUCCGGCAUGGUUUCACCUCACCGCCGUUACGGAAAAGUACAAUGCGCUCAGGCGCGACUUUGCCGCCUUUGUUGCGCGCUCCAAGGCGAGACUUCGUGCUCUGUCCGGGCCCGGCGCAGAUACAAAUGCAGAUGACGAUGCCAGCACAAGCGCCAACGACGCAUCCGAUCCACCGCCGUCUGCGGCACUGCUCAACCACACGGAGCACCCGUGGCUGCACGACCGCACCCCGGACGCGAACAGGGAGCGCGAGAUCGAGAUCCUGCGGCGCACGCUUGAGGAGCGCUCGCAGACUGGCUCGCCGCGCUCGUUCCGCGUCACCUCGCAGACACUGAGCAGGGCGCAGUGGAUGCCCCCCACUGUCCGGUCUUCGCAGUACCCCAACGGCGAUGGCGGCGCCAACCUGCUCAUGGCUACGGGCGACACCCAUCGCUACAAGAUGGUGUCGUUCGGGUGCGGGCCGUCCGACUUCUAUCUCAACACAUUCGCGGGCGAGAUCGACUCGAUGUUCUGGGUGUCGGAGCAUAUCUUGGAGCUGCAGACGGUGCCCCGGUUCCUGACCGCCCUCCUGGAUGGCCAGCUGCCCGCUGUGCCAUCGAUGGACGUGGCGGCGAGUCCAUUUGAGAGUGUCGAUGCGCACAUAGUCUCCCUGUUCACGGAGGUGUUUCCCGGUUGGCAGGCUGUGUCGGGCGAGUUUGUCAGUCCUGCCGACGUGGCUCUCCGGUACUGCGGAUCGACGACUUAUACAAAUGGCAUGGUCGUGGCGGACUCGACUCUCAAUGCAGUCAAAGGCCGAAUUUAUGGCUUCAAGCAGCCUGCCUCCGCGGCAACGUGGCUCGCGUGCUGCUCGAUGGCCACCCGCGAUGCCGCAGAGGAAGCCUUUGGCUACAUCCAGUCGACCAUGGCCGUUUUCGACUACUACAAGGACUCCAAUGUCCAGAUGCGCCACGAGGACGUGUACAAAAAAAUCAAGACCGUGAUGCGGCAAUUCGAGGACGCCUUCUUUGUGGAGACUGGCGUCAAUAUUUUAGGCAUAAUGCAGGCCAACUGGCAAGUGUACAUGAAAAAACACAUGGAGCGUGUCCAGCAGUAUGCCAGCACCUGGAUCGGCUUGCGUCUCGAGGACCUCAGCAUCCUGUGGCAUGCCCACGCCAUAGCCAGCGCCCUCGCAAAGGACGCAAUGGGCGUGAAUGAUGCCGUCAUGAUAUUGUCUCUGAUCCAGCUGAACUAUGCCAAGCUCAACUACGGCUUCGGGUUGGACUUUAAUACGUCCAUCUUUAGCUAA